AUAAUGACAUUUGAAUAAACUUCUUUAGGUUAUGAGCGCCAUUUUUUUGAGAAAGGCCUUCAUUUCACCAUGUCAGCAUAAAAUAUGAAGCCAUCGUCCGGUAUCCUAUUCAUAAUUGGAGUGAAGAUAAUUCAAAUAAAACAUUUUCGUACUCCGCAUAUUCAUACCAGCGCAAUUAUUCUGAUCAACAGCAUAAUCACAUUGCGGGGUCCGGAAUGCCACUAAACACCAACGAUCUCCGCUGACGCUGUGUCACCCCAAUAUCACGACAUCCCCGACAAAUGAAUUGUCGUUUUCGGCUUCGAGGUUGGAAUUACCGCCCCCGUUGCAGUCGCACCACAAUGGCACUCACGUGUCCUUGAAAUUUUCCGCAACGUCGUACUGUCCCGACAGUGGACUUGCGGUGGUGCUUUUUUCAUAUUUUUGUGUCUUUCUUUGGUUUUGCUACUAGCGGAUAUGACAUCUUCAUUGGGGAAAGAUGGGCUCGUAUAUCGCACGCGCUCUGCUAAUGAGUAUGCAAAUGGUGAUAAUGCGGGGGUAGCUACCCCGGACGAAGAGACGUCAAAUAACCACGAUCCCGAUGGAGCUCCGCUGAAGAGGAAGCUGCAAUCGCGGCAUCUGCAGAUGAUUGCAAUUGGAGGGAUUAUCGGACCAGGUUUGCUAGUUGGAUCGGGCAGUGCUCUCAGUCAGGGUGGACCAGCAGGUGUCUUGAUCAGUUUUUCCUUGGUCGGGAUUAUUGUGUUUUUUGUCAUGCAAUCGCUUGGAGAAAUGGCGACGGCUAUUCCAGUCACAGGUUCAUUCACGGAAUAUGCGCAACGAUUUGUCGAUGACUCGCUUGCUUUUGGACUUGGGUGGGCUUAUUGGUAUCUCUGGGUGACUGUCCUCGCGAAUGAAUAUAACGCCGUUUCCCUCGUCAUAGGGUUUUGGACGGACGCCGUACCCCAAUGGGCCUGGAUCCUGAUCUUCUGGGUACUUUUCCUGGGUCUUUCCAAUUUGGGCGUCCUUGCGUAUGGAGAAAUGGAAUUUUGGCUUUCAUUAAUAAAGAUCAUUGCGCUCUUUGUUUUCUUCAUUUUGGCCAUCUGCAUCAGCGCGGGCGCGAUCGGGCCCGGAACGAUUGGGUUCAGGUAUUGGAAUGAUCCUGGGCCAUUUGCGGAUUCGAUCAAUGGGGUUGCCAGAACAUUUGUCGUUGCUGGGACUCUGUAUGCAGGUACUGAGAUGGUUGGUGUUACUGCUGGAGAGUCGGCAAAUCCGAGGAAAGCGGUUCCGACGGCGAUUAACCAAGUGUUCUGGCGUAUUUUGAUUUUCUAUAUUGGAACCAUGUUCUUCAUUGGAAUUCUACUUCCAUACAGUGACAGUAGACUGUUAGGCUCGAGCUCAGAUGCAGCCAGCUCACCUUUGACCAUCGCUUUGUCAGACGCUGGCAUUCUGCCCGCUGCGCAUCUGAUCAACGCUCUCAUCGUUAUCAGUGUCAUCUCCGCAGGAAACGGGUCAUUAUAUGUCGGCUCUCGUACACUGCUCUUCAUGGCACGCAACGGCAAAGCCCCUCGAUUCAUCGGGCGAACCAACGCUGCCGGUGUACCAUGGGUUGGUUUGAUCUUUACCAACGUGUUUUCCUGCAUUGUAUUUCUGUCACUCGGUUCAAACGCGGGGGUGAUAUACAAUGCCCUGAUCACACUUUCUGGAGUGGCAACUUUCAUCGUCUGGGCUGUUAUUGGAAUCUGUCACAUCAGAUUUCGUAACGCGCUUGUUGCACAAGGACAAGAUCCUUCGAAGCUGCCCUACCAAGCAUCAUUUUACCCAUGGGGAACAUAUAUAUCUCUUGCAGGAAACAUAUUCUUGAUUUUCUUCCAGGGAUACACGGCGUUCCUCAACCCGUUUAGCGUCAACGACUUCGUCAUCAAUUAUAUCUUGCUUCCUGUCUUUGUCUUGUUCGUCGUUGGGUACAAAUUCUGGAACAAGACACGGAUUGUUAGAGCGAAGGAAAUGGAUAUUUGGACGGGGAGUAGAUAUGUCCCUGAGGAAGAGAUGGAGAUUCCCAAACCGCAGACGUGGAGGUCUCGGGCGGUUAAGAUUUUUGUCGGCUGAUCGUUGUAAAUAGCCCAUGCAUGUGAUGAAUGAUGAAGAUUUUUCGACAAAGCAUCUACCCCAGCUUUACCAGUUUAUAUCCGACCAGGUAACCGUUCCAAUGAUUUUGUCGUCUUCUUUCAAUGUGCAGAAUGAUAGGGCCAUGUCGGAAAUCCCCCAAAUCCAUUUUCCGGUCCCACCUCAUCUUUGCCGUAGCGGAUUUACGGAAAUAAUGGUUUGCAGCUUGCGAUGCGGGGUUAAACGA